AUGCUCCCACCACCUCCUGGGAUGCCAUUGCCGCCAGGUAUGAGCGAUCCGCAAUCCUCGCGAAUGCCCCAAGAAUUCCUGGCGCAAAAAUCGCAGAAGUGGAUUCAGAUGCAGAAGAAGCGAUAUGGCGAAAAGCGAAAAGGGGGCUUCGUUGACAUGGGCAAGCAAGACCUCCCUCCCGAACACGUCCGCAAGAUUAUUAAGGACCACGGUGACAUGAGUAACCGCAAAUUCAGAAAUGACAAGCGCGUUCACCUGGGUGCGCUGAAGUACGUCCCUCACGCCGUUAUGAAGUUGCUAGAAAACAUUCCCUACCCCUGGGAGCAAGUGCGCGAAGUCCCUGUGCUCUACCACAUCACCGGUGCUAUCACGUUUGUUAACGAGAUCCCACGGGUAAUUGAGCCUGUAUAUCACGCACAGUGGAGUAGUAUGUGGCUUGCUAUGCGGAGGGAGAAGCGGGAUCGUAGGCAUUUCAAGCGUAUGCGGUUCCCACCAUUUGACGACGAGGAACCCCCACUCGACUACGGAGACAAUGUCUUGGACGUUGAGCCACUCGAAGCUAUCCAGCUUGAGCUCGACGAGGAGGAAGACGGUGCAAUUGCCGAGUGGUUCUAUGAUCCUAAGCCGCUCAUCGACACGCCACACGUCAACGGUUCGUCAUAUCGCUACUGGAACCUCACCCUGCCUAUCAUGGCGAAUCUAUACCGUCUGGGUAGGACUCUCCUGUCGGAUAACACCGACAGCAACUCUAGCUACCUUUUUGACAAGAAGUCGUUCUUUACCGCCAAGGCGCUCAACAUGGCUAUCCCCGGUGGUCCGAAGUUCGAGCCAUUGUACAGGGAUAUGGACACGUUCGAUGAGGACUGGAACGAGUUCAAUGACAUCAACAAAGUCAUCAUUCGACAACAGAUCCGUACGGAAUACAAGGUGGCAUUUCCUCAUCUCUACAACUCGCUACCACGUUCAGUGCAUAUCUCUCCGUACCACACGCCCAAGAACGUUUACAUUCGCACCGAUGACCCUGACCUCCCUGCAUUCUAUUUCGAUCCUCUCAUCAACCCUAUCUCUCUUCGCGGCUUCCAGCCGAAGAACGCACCUCUCGUAUCGCACGAGGAUGUCAUCUUCGGGCCCAACGAUGCAGAUGACGACGAGUUCGAAUUGCCGGAGGAGGUUGAGCCAUUCCUCGAAGAGAAGCCUCUAGAGAACGAUUUGACGGCGGAUGCCAUUGCGCUGUGGUGGGCCCCUGACCCCUACAACCGCCGCUCUGGACGUAUGCGCCGCUCACAAGACAUUCCCCUCGUCAAAAACUGGUAUCUGGAGCACUGCCCUCCUGGCCAGCCGGUCAAGGUCCGCGUGUCGUAUCAGAAGCUCCUCAAGUGCUACGUCCUUAACGAACUCAAGACCCGACCCGAGAAGGCGAUGACGAAGAAGAACCUCUUCCGCCAGCUGAAGGCAACGAAGUUCUUCCAGACGACGCGCCUUGAUUGGGUCGAGGCGGGACUACAGGUUUGCAGACAGGGAUACAACAUGUUGAAUCUGCUCAUUCAUCGCAAGAACCUCAACUAUCUGCAUCUCGAUUACAACAUGAACCUGAAGCCGGUGAAGACGCUAACAACAAAGGAGCGAAAGAAGUCGCGGUUCGGAAACGCAUUCCAUCUGUGCCGUGAAAUCCUCCGUCUCACGAAGCUCGUCGUCGACGCCCAUGUUCAGUUUCGUCUUGGUAAUGUAGAUGCGUUCCAGCUGGCAGACGCUCUUCAGUACAUCUUUGCACACAUCGGUGCUUUGACGGGUAUGUACCGGUACAAGUAUAAGCUGAUGAGACAAGUACGCAUGACGAAGGACCUGAAGCAUUUAAUCUACUAUCGCUUCAAUACCGGCCCUGUCGGUAAGGGCCCUGGCUGUGGUUUCUGGGCUCCAGGUUGGCGCGUCUGGCUAUUCUUCAUGCGUGGCAUUGUACCUCUACUGGAAAGAUGGCUCGGCAAUCUGCUCGCCCGUCAGUUCGAGGGUCGUAACAGUAAGGGGAUCGCGAAGACGGUGACGAAGCAACGUGUCGAGUCACACUACGAUCUUGAACUUCGUGCUGCAGUCAUGCACGACAUCCUUGACAUGAUGCCUGAAUCCAUCAAGCAGAACAAGUCGAAGACGAUUCUGCAGCAUUUGUCCGAGGCGUGGCGUUGCUGGAAAGCAAACAUCCCGUGGAAGGUUCCUGGCAUGCCAACGGCGAUCGAGAACAUCAUUCUGCGCUACAUUAAGAGUAAGGCGGAUUGGUGGUGCUCGGUCGCUCACUACAAUCGUGAGCGUAUCCGCCGUGGCGCGACGGUCGACAAGGCUGUCGUCAAGAAGAACCUUGGUCGUCUCACGCGUCUGUACCUCAAAGCCGAGCAGGAGAGACAGCAUGGCUACCUUAAGGAUGGUCCCUAUAUCAGUGCCGAGGAGGCCGUCGCCAUCUACACUGCGACGGUUCACUGGCUCGAGAGCCGGAAGUUCUCGCCCAUCCCCUUCCCUCCCUUAAACUAUAAGCACGACACUAAGCUACUCGUCCUGGCGCUCGAGAAACUGAAGGAGGCAUACUCCGUGAAGGGUCGCUUGAAUCAGUCCCAGCGUGAGGAACUCGCGCUUAUCGAACAGGCGUACGACAAUCCCCAUGAGUGCCUCUCCCGGAUCAAGCGCCUCCUACUCACCCAGCGUGCGUUCAAGGAGUCGGGAAUUGAGUUUUUCGACACCUACGACAAGCUUAUUCCUUGUUAUGACAUCGAGCCCGUUGAGAAGAUCACGGAUGCUUACCUCGACCAGUUCUUGUUCUUUGAAGCCGACAAACGUGGCCUCUUCCCCGCAUGGAUCAAGCCUGCCGAUACAGAACCACCACCGCUUCUUGUCUACAAAUGGUGCCAAGGCAUCAACAACUUGACAGACAUCUGGGAGACGAGCGAAGGUGAAUGUAACGUCAUGAUGGAGACUGUCCUCUCGAAGGUAUACGAGAAAAUCGACUUGACGCUACUCAACCGUCUCCUCCGACUCAUCUUGGACCAUAAUCUCGCGGACUACAUCACUGCCAAGAACAACACAGUCCUGACGUACAAGGACAUGGCACACACGAAUGCGUACGGUCUAAUCCGCGGUCUGCAGUUCUCGGCUUUCGUCUUCCAAUACUACGGGCUGGUUCUAGACCUGCUAAUUUUGGGACUGCAAAGGGCAAGCGAGAUGGCGGGCCCGCCCCAGAUGCCGAACAAUUUCCUACAGUACCGCGACUCUGCGACUGAGACUCGUCAUCCCAUUCGCUUGUACUCCCGUUAUGUUGAUCGACUCCACAUUCUCUUCCGCUUCACUGCGGAGGAGUCGCGCGACCUCAUCCAGCGCUACCUCAGUGCGAACCCUGACCCGACAAACAACAAUGUCAUCGGCUAUAACAACAAGCGAUGCUGGCCACGGGAUUGCCGCAUGCGGCUCAUCAAGCACGAUGUCAACCUCGGACGCGCGGUCUUCUGGAACGUUAAGCAGAGUUUACCUCGAUCUCUGACGACGAUUGAGUGGGAAGACACCUUCGUGAGCGUCUUCUCGAAAGACAACCCGCAAUUGUUAUUCUCUAUGUGCGGCUUCGAGGUCCGCAUCCUGCCGAAGAUCAGGACAAUGAGCGGCGAACAAUUCUCGUUGAAGGAUGCAGUAUGGAACCUGACCAACGAACAGACGAAGGAGCGCACGGCGCAGGCCUUCCUGAGAGUCUCUGAUGAUGGCGUUCAGCAGUUCAAUAAUCGUAUUCGGCAGGUCCUCAUGAGUUCUGGGUCGACAACCUUCUCGAAGAUCGUCAACAAGUGGAACACCGCUCUUAUCGGGCUGAUGACGUACUACAGAGAGGCGGUUAUUCACACAAAUGAGUUGCUUGACGCACUCGUGAAAGCCGAGAACAAGAUUCAAACUCGCGUCAAGAUCGGCCUGAACAGUAAGAUGCCUUCCCGUUUCCCUCCGGUGGUAUUCUACACCCCGAAGGAACUCGGCGGUCUGGGCAUGUUGUCCAUGGGCCAUGUUCUCAUUCCACAGAGUGACCUUCGCUGGUCAAAGCAGACUGAUGUCGGAGUCACGCACUUCCGUGCGGGCAUGUCACACGAGGAAGACCAACUCAUCCCCAACCUGUACCGCUAUCUCCAGCCGUGGGAGGCUGAGUUCCUCGACUCUGCGCGUGUCUGGUCAGAGUACUCGAUGAAGCGUAAGGAGGCGAACGCGCAAAACCGCCGCCUCACUUUGGAGGACCUUGAGGAUAGCUGGGAUCGUGGUAUUCCUCGUAUUAACACGCUCUUCCAGAAGGAUCGUCAUACUCUGGCAUACGACCGUGGUUGGCGUGUACGCACUGAUUGGAAGCAGUACCAGUUACUCAAACACAAUCCGUUCUGGUGGACUUCGCAGAGGCACGAUGGUAAACUCUGGCAACUCAACAAUUAUCGUGUCGAUGUGAUUGCGGCUUUGGGAGGUGUGGAAGGUAUCUUGGAGCACACACUGUUCAAGGGCACUUAUUUCCCGACGUGGGAGGGUCUUUUCUGGGAGAAGGCGUCUGGUUUCGAAGAAUCGAUGCGUUACAAGAAGCUCACGAACGCCCAGCGGUCCGGUCUCAACCAGAUUCCAAACCGUCGAUUUACCCUCUGGUGGAGUCCGACGAUCAAUCGCGCGAACGUUUACGUUGGUUUCCAAGUACAGCUCGAUUUGACCGGUAUCUUCAUGCACGGCAAGAUCCCUACCCUGAAGAUUAGUUUAAUUCAAAUCUUCCGUGCGCACUUGUGGCAGAAGAUUCACGAAAGUGUAGUGAUGGAUUUGUGUCAAGUCUUCGACCAGGAGCUCGAACCACUGCAGAUCGAGACUGUACAGAAGGAGACAAUUCAUCCUCGAAAGAGUUACAAGAUGAACUCGUCCUGCGCCGAUAUCCUGCUGUUUUCUGCGUACAAGUGGAACAUUUCAAGGCCAUCGCUCGUUACAGACAGCAAGGAUGUACUCGACGGGACCACCAGCAACAAGUAUUGGAUCGACGUACAAUUGAGAUGGGGCGAUUUCGAUACCCACGAUAUUGAGCGGUACACUCGCGCUAAGUUCCUGGACUAUAUCUCCGAUUCGAUGAGUAUCUACCCGUCGCCAACUGGUGUCAUGAUUGGCAUGGACCUUGCGUACAAUUUGUGGUCUGCAUACGGUAACUGGUUCCCUGGCAUGAAGCCGCUCAUUCAGCAAGCGAUGGCAAAGAUCAUGAAGGCCAACCCUGCAUGUCACGUCUUGCGCGAGCGUAUACGCAAGGGUCUUCAAUUAUACUCGUCGGAGCCGACAGAGCCGUACUUGAACAGCCAGAACUAUUCCGAGCUGUUCUCGAACCAAAUCAUUUGGUUUGUCGACGAUACGAACGUGUACCGUGUCACCAUCCACAAGACAUUCGAGGGCAACUUGACGACGAAGCCCAUCAACGGCGCUAUCUUUAUCUUCAACCCGCGAUCUGGUCAGCUAUUUUUGAAGAUCAUUCACACAAGCGUGUGGGCAGGCCAGAAGCGUCUUGGUCAGUUGGCGAAGUGGAAGACAGCUGAAGAAGUCGCCGCAUUGGUUCGGUCGCUUCCAGUGGAAGAACAGCCCAAGCAGGUCAUUGUCACUCGCAAGGGCAUGUUGGAUCCUCUCGAGGUCCAUUUGCUUGACUUCCCGAACAUCGUCAUCAAGGGCAGCGAACUCCAGUUGCCAUUCCAGGCAUGCAUGAAGAUGGAGAAGUUCGGUGAUCUCAUCCUUCGCGCGACUCAACCUCAGAUGGUCCUCUUCAACCUCUACGAUGAUUGGCUGAAGUCGAUCUCGAGUUACACAGCAUUCUCCCGUCUCAUUCUUUUGCUCCGAGGUCUUCAUGUCAAUAAUGAGAAGGCUAAGAUCAUUCUGCGACCUGAUAAGAACACGAUCACCGAGCCUCACUUCGUCUGGCCGUCUCUCGCUGACGAGGAAUGGAUCAAGGUUGAAGUUGCGUUGAAGGACCUCAUUCUAGCUGAUUUCGGCAAGCGUAACAGCGUCAACAUUGCCUCGCUCACGUCAAGUGAGAUCCGAGACAUCAUCCUUGGUCAGGAAAUUGCCGCACCAUCUGUUCAGCGUCAGCAGAUGGCAGAACUCGAGAAGAGCUCAGAGGCCCAGAGCCAAGUCACGGCGGUGCAGACUCAAACCACCAACAUUCACGGUGAUGCUAUCCAGACCGUGACGACCACCAAUUACGAGCAGCAGGUCUUCAGCAGUAAAUCCGACUGGCGUGUCCGUGCUAUCUCUGCAACGCACCUGCCUCUUCGUUUGCAGCAUAUCUACGUUUCAAACGAUGACGUUAGGGACGACGCGGGUUCCUAUACAUAUGUCCUUCCCAAGAACAUCCUACGCGCGUUCGUCACUGCGGCCGACUUGCGCACUCAGGUGGCGGCAUUCUUGUAUGGUGUCUCGCCUGCGGACAACAAGCAGGUCAAGGAGGUCAAGGCGGUGGCUUGGGUGCCACAGCGUGGCAACAACAACAGCGUCGAGCUGCCGUCGCAGUUGCCCAAGGAUGACUUCUUACUGAAGGACUUGGAGCCUCUUGGAUGGAUCAAGACGCAGGCUCUGGAGUUAUCUCAUCUCUCGCCCACAGACGUCACGACUCAAGCGAAGCUGAUGACAGACCAUCCUGAGUGGGGUUCAUCUUCCGUAUGCUUGACGGUCGCCUUCACGCCGGGAUCCGUAUCGAUGUCAGCCCAUUCGCUUUCGGUCGCUGGCUUCGAAUGGGGUCGCAAAAACACUGAUACGUCGCCUAAUCCAGCGGGCUUCAAUCCGAAUAUGUCGGAGCGUGUACAACUGUUGCUCUCCGAUCGUGUCCUAGGAAUGACGCUAGUUCCCGAGGGACGCGUUUGGAACUAUGGUAUUGGGCUGACGCAGCUCUGGUCACCAUCGCUCAACUACUCUAUGACACUGGAUACUCCGCUUCUCUUCUGGGCUGAAGAGCACCGUCCAGCUGCCUUCCUAUCGUUCGCAAAUCUUGAGGCCGGAGACGACAGUGCUGAUGUAGAGAAUAGCUUCGCAUAA